GGGAGGGGGGAAGGGAGAUGGACCCAGACAAGAGAAACAGCGGCAACGGGCCGAGGGAAGAAAUGCUUAGUUUGCUAAUUACAUUACUGAAACGCAAUUGAAUUGCAAUUGAAGCUAAUAAGUCAAUGAGGGAGAGAGUUUCCCACACCCAAAGCUCUUACGCUGAUGCUGCAGCGGUCGUGGCGGGCAGGGAGGAAAGGAGAGCGUUGCUGUGAGUUUUCAGUUCUGAAACUGAAAACUGAACCUUUGUCUCCCCCUGGGAGAUGGAAAUAACAAAAUAAAGUGUUCUGGGAGUGCUGUGCCUUUCUGGGAGCUGUAGAUCGUUCUUCCGAGCUGCCGCAUCAGCUCUUCAACUCCCAUCGCUGCAUGACGCACUGAACGUGGAAUAACGACGAAAAAAAACAUGAAACCACCGCGGCUGUGCUGCUGCGGGUGGGGCUGAACGCCGCCGGGGGAGCGCGGGCACCGAGGAGCCGCCCCGGCUCGGAGCCGCCCCGGUGCCGGCAGCGCCCUCUGUGCCGCUCCGUGCCCGCGGCCGUCCGCCGCCCCGCUCCCCGUCGGGGUCGGGAAGCGCCCGGCCACCCCGGAGCCCCCGGGAGCUCGGCCCGGGCGCGGGGCGCGGGGCGCGGGCGGGGCCCGCAGGGAGGGCGGCGACCCCCGGGGCUGCGCGGCGCUGCGGGGCGGCGGGGCGCCGCGUCCGUUCGUGCUCGGGGCGGCGGCGGCACGGCGCGGUUCCGCUGCCCGGGACGGCGCGGGGGGAACCGGGCGCGUUGACGGGAGAAGGCGUUUACGGUCUGAGCGAUCUUCGGCCCGGCUGCGGGCGGGGCGGCCGCUCCCCGCAGAGCGAUAGGAACCCCCGGCUGCGCCCCCGGCUGCCCCCGCACGGCCCAUCGCGCCCCGCCCCCGCGGUCGCGCCUGCAAAAGCCGGCCGGGCUCCGGCACCUCCCGCGCUCCUUUCCGCCAGAAGGGGCCGGAGCGGUCGGCGCCGCUUCCCGCGGGCGAACGGCGCCCGAUCCCGGAGCCGCGAGCAGCGGUCGCCCUCUCGGCGCCCCGUCUCGGUCCCCGUGCGGCCCCGGCACAGCUCGGCCUCGGCCGUCCCGCGCGGAGCAGCGAUGCAGAGCGGCCCGGAUCGGGACGACGGCGCGGGGGGCGGCGCCGCGGGCGGCGUCCGGAACGGGACGGGGUCCGCGGGAGCGCGGCGCGGGGCGGGCGGCCCCGGGGGGGCGCGGGAGAACGGAGGGCUGCCGGAGCUGCGGCUGCUGCUCGUCGGGAAGAGCGGCGGCGGGAGGAGCGCGACGGGGAACAGCAUCCUGGGCCGGGCGGCCUUCGAGUCGCGGCUGUCCGCGAGCGCCGUGACGCAGAAGAGCGAGCGGCAGAGCGGCCCGCGGAGGGGUUACGGCGUGCACGUGGUGGACACGCCCGACGCCUUCGACUCGCCGGAGCGCAGCGCCCGGUGCUGCCGCGAGAUCGCCCGCUGCGCGCUGCUGUCGGCGCCGGGGCCGCACGCGCUGCUGCUGGUAACGCAGCUGGGCCGCUUCACGCAGGAGGACGAGGCGGCCGUCCGGCAAGUGUGGCGGCUGUUCGGGCGCGGCGCCGCCGAGCGCACCGUCGUGGUCUUCACGCGCGGGGACGAGCUGAGGGGCGGCUCCCUGCGGCGGCACGUGGAGGACAGCGGCACCGCCGCGCUGCGGGAGCUGCUGCGGGACUGCGGGGGACGGUGCUGCGCCUUCGACAACCGGGCGGCCGGGCCGCGGGGGGAGGACCAGGUCGGGGAGCUGCUGGAGACGGUGCUGCGCGCGCUGCGGGGGGACCUGAGCGCCCACUACCGGGACGAGCUCUACGACCGCGCCGUGCGGCUCCUGGAGCGCCCGGACAUCGACUUCGAGGAGAAAUGCGACCUCCUGGCCGAGGCCGUGGAGCAGCGGCUGCGGGGGCGGUGGCACACGGGGAUCCCGGCGCGGCUGCGGCGCAUCCCGGUCGUGCGGUGGCUGUGCGACACGUGCUGUGCGCGGUGCGCGUGCUUCUGCUGCUGCUUCAUCCUUGCAGCGCUGCUGGCCCUCUGGCGCGUCCUGCACCGUGCGCUCUCGUGCGGCCGGCGGAGAGCUGUCUCGCUGUACAACCGCUUCGUGCAGUAGCCAGCAGGGCUGUGCUGCGCUGCCUUUCCCUGGCAGGCACGCUGCGGUGCUGCCCCACAAAGCGCGCGGCUGCUUUUCCUCCUAACGGCGCUGCAGCCCCGUGCGGGCUGCGCAUCUCGGUGUGAAUGCAGCAUCGCAAAGCGUGA